GAUGACCAGAGACUGCGGACACAGUACAGGAGAUGACCAGAGACUGCAGACACAGUACAGGGGAGGACCAGAGACUGCGGACACACUACAGGAGAUGACCAGAGACUGCGGACAUAGUACAGGAGAUGACCAGAGACUGCGGACACACUACAGGAGAUGACCAGAGACUGCGGACAUAGUAGAGGAGAUAACCAGAGACUGCGGACAUAGUACAGGAGAUGACCAGAGACUGCGAACACAGUACAAGAGAUGACCAGAGACUGCAGACAUACUACAGGAGAUGACCAAAGACUGCGGACAGUACAGGGGAUGACCAGAGACUGCGGAC